AUGGAAAUCGGGGGUGCAGCGAUGCAGAGGAUGGCCGCUGCCGGAGGGCCCGGGCCUCUCAGCCUUCAGGGCCCUCCAAGGUCAGUGAAAAUCUCACCCGUUAACAUACAGGACGAGCCCGGUGACCUCACUUCUCAGAAGAGCACAAGUUCGCAUUGCGUGGGAUGCGGCGGUCGAAUUCACGACCAAUGGAUCCUGCGAGUUGCACCAAAUCUGGAAUGGCACGCCGCCUGUUUAAAAUGCGCGGAGUGUCAGCAAUUUUUGGACGAGCACUGCACUUGCUUCGUACGAGAUGGGAAAACUUAUUGUAAACGCGAUUAUGUCAGAUUGUUCGGAACAAAGUGCGACAAGUGCAGUGAGUGCUUCAGCAAAGACGACUACGUAAUGAGGGCAAGAAGCAAAAUUUAUCAUAUAAAGUGCUUCCGAUGUUCAGCCUGCAUGAGGCAGCUAGUUCCUGGCGAUGAAUUUGCCUUGAGACAGGAUGGCCUCUUUUGUCGACACGAUCACGACGUUCUCGAGGGUGGGAAACUCUGCUCGGGGCCUGGUGGUGUUCCUGGAAGCGAGAACAACAACAACGCGUCCCUUAUGAAUAAUAAUCAUCAUUUGCACCCCAACGAUGGCUCGAUAUCAGAUUCCGGGUCUGAAAGCGGGUCGCACAAAGCUGGCGUGGGUGGUACUCGAGGAUCGGGCGGCCAUAAAAGCGGCGGCGGUUCUGACGGCAAACCAACCAGAGUUCGCACUGUUCUAAACGAAAAGCAACUACACACACUUAGAACUUGCUACGCCGCGAAUCCGCGGCCGGACGCGUUGAUGAAGGAACAAUUGGUGGAGAUGACGGGGUUGAGUCCACGCGUGAUAAGGGUAUGGUUCCAGAACAAACGGUGCAAGGAUAAGAAGAAGACGAUCGCCAUGAAACAACAGAUGCAGGAAAAGGAUGGCCGUAAAUUAGGCUUCGGUGGGAUGCACGGAAUUCCUAUGGUGGCUAGCAGUCCCGUAAGACACGAGAGUUCUAUAGGCAUGACACCGCUAGAAGUUCAAGCUUAUCAACCACCGUGGAAAGCCCUUUCGGAUUUCGCCUUACACACCGAUUUGGAGAGGUUGGAUCCUAAUACUCCUUCUUUUCAUCAUCUGGUGUCGCAGAUGCAUGGUUACGAUCUUCACAGCGGACCACCACAAUUACCACCGCCAGGCAUGCUUGGUGGACCGAUGAACGAUGGCGGAGGCGGCGGGGGUGGUGGUUCUUUGCCACCCCCCGGCCCACACCAUCCCAGUAGCGGCGGCCCAGACAUGGGGCAACACCCUGAUAGCACGGAUAGCUAUGUAACUUACCUCGAAAGUGACAGUGACUCUCUUCAUCACGAUACAGGAAGUCCAUAGUGUUGUGCAGUGUGGCCAGAACGAAAGUGUCCGCUUUCUUCGUGGUCUUCUUUCAAUAAGUGCUUGAAGAGAAUCGUAGUCUGCGAGAACAAAUAGGACGAUUACGGAUGGCUGGAAACGAAACGAAAUUUGCGUUAUUAAAUUGCGGCUUUUUGUGCAAGGAAACCUGACCCUUUCGCGCUUAAUUUUAUAAUCGGAGAAGAACGCGUGUGAAACGUUGUUUAAUCGAGAGAAAAUCAUCCCUUGUGAGACGAAUUGGUGUAAAAAUUCGGUUUAACGACGUGCCAGGGUAACCUAGCCAUAGAUUAACUGAAUCCUUCGAUAAGGCUAACGUUAAAAUUAUUGAUCGACCACGCGACUGUCACGUUGCGUGGAAAGUUUUGAAUUAGAAGAAUUCGACAGAAAUGUUGCGUUUGAUUAGUAUUAUUAUUAUUAUUAUUAUUAUCAUUAUCGAUUGUUUUUCGAAAUUACCGUCGAUCGAUUAAAAGACAAAUUUGAAUUUCCACGCGUAAGGGUUAAGAGAUAUUGUCGUUUUCGAUAGAAACAAGCAAAUUAGAGGAACGAUAUGAUUUGCAGAAACAUGAGCUUAAAACAGCGGAACGAGAGAACAGUUAUUUAAAUUGCUAUUGUUGUGUCGACAGAAACAAUCGAAAAUUACUGUACGAUCUGUAAAAAAAGAAAUACGUAUCCGAAGAACUCUGAUUAAUUUUUAGAGCGAAUAAAUAAACUUAAUCAUUAUUUAACGUAAGUAUGUAUUAUUUUAUCCGAUCGUAGUUUCGUGCUCGAUAUUUCGUAAUUAAACAUUUGUGUCGUGAACGAGAAAAAUUCGAUACGUAAUGAACGCAUUCGUUCGCGAGAAAUCUCAGGUAGGAUAUGUAUAAUGAUUCAUGAACGAUAUCGACGAGCGGAUUUGUCGAUUGGAAUAAUUGCUCGUUUGUUACGGAACGGUAAUGAUAUUUAACGGAACAGGCGAACAAAGUAUGUGAAAUACUGCGCCAAUAUUUUCGAAUGAAAUACACCCGUGUAAAAAAUCGAUUUCUUCGCGAAACUGACAGUGAGUAAUCGAAUAAUUGCGAAUUAAGGAGAAAUUUUAUCAUGAUUAUUGUCAUUUCUAAAGCAUGCGAAAGGAGAUUGCAAUAAAAGACGAUCAAACUGAUUGUAUGUCGAGUUGAUUUUACCAUUGUAUCGAUGUCUUUGAACGAAAUUCACCCUUAUGCACUGAAAUUGUAUUGAAUUGAUAAAAUUGUGAUCGACGAAUUUCAUGAUGAAUAUGAAAAGUGUAUUUAUUAAUUAUCGUUUAGGUACAUAGGAUUAUUUAACUAUUUAAUAAAUUGGAAAGGCGAUUAAUUCGUUUGUUUAUUCUUUAUGCAAUUUCAGUGUAUUGUUCAUGGGUGAAGGGGUGCAAUAAGUAUAACACAUUUUCUUAGGUCAAGGUAUCGCAUUAACAUCGAAAGAUAUUAAUGCUUUGGAAUUGAAUGAAUCGAUUAAAAGUGGUCAAAGGUGUAUCUGAAACUCUGUUCUGCGCCCAAGUACAGUAAUUUCAUUGAGGAAUGAUGAUUCAAUUGUCCGCGAUAGCUUUUUUUCCGAAUGUCAUUUCAGCCAGUUCGAACGACCAAAGAAUGCUUUUAUCACGAUAGAAAGACGAAAACGAAAAGAAAAGGACGAAGCAGUGUCAUCAACAGAGUUGGACAAAUUUGUAAAUCGCCGUAUAUAAAAAGUAAGAAUUGACGUGGAAGAAUUUACACUGAUAGAUAAAAUGUUUACUUCGAUAGCUUUCUUCUAGUAAUAUAAUCUUUCUUCUUUUGAAUUGCGGUACACUUUUUACGACAUAAAUUAUUUUAAGCAACGGAAUAAUUAUUAAACAUUAAUUUCUGCAACAGAAAGACUAGGAGGAACCAUUACAAAUUCCUCGAUCACAAAUUUUACGUAACAAACAAAAUAAUAUUUGUCGAUCGAUCUAACCAAAUCGAUAUAUCAAAAAAGCAAGUUACUUUAAAAUUUAUUACAUAAUACCUUAUUUAUUGUGUAUAACUUUUUAAUUACCUAAAUCAUACUUGAAAGAACUUCUAAGACUAUCGGUGACAAACAUUCAUUCAAAUAAAAUGUAUUUUAUCGGUUGCAAGAAAUAUGUAUCUAUACACUUACCUACAUGAUUUACUGAUUAUCAGCCAUUUUUAUUCCAACUCGUACAACUUAUCGUUGACACUAUUUGCAACAAUUAAAAAUUUCCAAAUAUGACAAAGUUUAUUUUUAAUAUCUAUUGUAUUAUCUAUUACAAAAUAAGAAAACAGGUUAUAUCGUACUUUCCAACUCUGUUCCUUCGUCCGCGUUGUUGUGAAACAGAAGUGAACGACUGUCACACUGUAAAUAUAGUUGUGUCCACUACAUAUAAAUUUGAAUCAUGAUGUACCGUCAGACGCAGCUAAUUCAUAAUAUUGAUUACACGAAUAGCCGAGUUAUGUAUAAAGGAUUAAAAAAAAAACAUAAAAAAUGCAAGUAACAUUGACGAUAGCGCAUUACCCCCUGAUUUAUGUUGUAACAAAUCAUAUUGUAAACGCAGGUACAUAUGUACAUUCGAUUAAUACCAAAGUGUGCGAAACUUCAUGUGAACACGGAAACGCACUGAAUUGUAUUGUAAAUAUCGCCUCUAACCCUCCCCUUCCUCCUGACCCUAACCUCGUUGUCGCUAAUUAGUGGUUCGUUUUAGUGGUGAUUCGUUUAGAUGUUUGUAUAGAAUCGUUCCAUCACCGCUCCUCUCGUAAUGUACAUGUUUUGAAAGGGAGAACACCGUAGACCUAACAUUUUCGUAAUCUAUUCGAAUCGUCUUCGAAUUUGUAUAAUAUUUCUAUACCGGCGCACACGUAAUAAACUGUCCAAUUAACUUA